AUGGAUGAGGACGCUUCAGCGGCAGCAGCACCUGCUGCUACUCAUACUAGUGCUGCUGAGGGCCCCUGUCUCAACUGGUGGCAGCAGCGGCAGCUUCCAGUGCUUGCAUCCGCGGAGAAUUCAGGAGUCGUUCUGCUGCUAGGGGGAGCCGAGGGGUCGGCAGCUCUGCGCUGCUCCGUGCUUCUGCCACUGCUGCUGCUGCAGCACGGCUGGGCCCCACAGACCACCCACUGUCCCUCGCAACAGCAGCACAUCCUAGUGGCUUUGGAGACGAGCUCUUCAGUAGAUUCUGCUGCUGCGCUGGCGAAGGCUUGGGGAGGCGGCUGUUACGCCUCGUGCAUUACCACACACCGAAGCAUCCUACGAGGCAACAGCAGCCUGAACAAGGAAGGCAGCUCUCCGCCCCGCAUUGUGUACCUUACAGCCAAGCAGCUGCUGCAAAGACUUCUGCAGCAACCGUUGCUGCCUGGCUGCUGUGCCGCAGCAGUGGAGGUGUCGUUACUGCACAGCUUUAGCACCGAGCUGCUUCUCCCUCUGUUGCAAAAAGUGCACCAGAAGAGGCCUGCGCUACGGCUACUCCUUCUGCUGCCUCCUGCAGGUGUACAACCGUACUGGGCCCUUCAAUUGGCUGAGUUUUUCGCAGCGGGUGAUGAUCCAGCGGCGCCGGGAGCUGCAGUGAUGCCCCAGGGCUCGCUGGAGGUCCUUCGGGCUGCAGCGCAGCAGCAGGAGCUGCUGCUACGCUUCCUCACGCCCAGGGGAGGCCGUUGGGAUGUGAAGCAUCGGCACCACAAACAAAAAAUGCAACAGGAAGUAAAGGACAUGCGCCUUUCUUUGGGCGCAAACUCCGGGGCAGCAGCAACAGCCAAACCAUCGCUACCACGCGCCAUAAACAGCAUCGAACUGUUAGAAAUAACCAGUAGUAGCACGAGCAGGAGCAGCAGAAGCAGCAGCGGCGUAUCGUGCAUCUCCUCCGAUGAAGUAAUGGUUUUAGGCGUCACUGUAGCUCAAGGUCAAGGCCCACAGGGGCGGCUCUGCAAGCGCAAAAAACCCAAAAGGAAAGACAAGAAGAAGCUGCAACAGCGCCUCAGCAAAAUACAGAGGAAGCUUGACAAAAUCUGCAGCAGCACCAAGAGCGGAAGCACCCGCAACUUGUUAGCCGAAGGAGCCAUUUGCAUGCAGACGGAUACGCUGGCCGCCGCAAGGGGACAAGCGCAAUUCGUUGAUGAGGCUUCGCAUGCAGUACAGCCAGAGGGGAGCAGCGGCGAAGAGGCCUCCCCAGUGCGUCGGGCAGAAUCCUCCCCACACAUGACAGAGGGAGAUGACGAAGCCACAGAGAAGCCCAGCUGUCCACAGCCCCUCAGAUUCUGCAGACAUACCAAUCACAGCAAGUCAUCGGUGCCUGCAAUGCCCCCCAUGGCCCAUGGUUCCCCUGAAGCGUCCCCUGUUACUAAGGGAUCUCUCUCGACAGUCACUGUACUUUCUCUCACCCCGCCAACUCAGCCUGUUGCCAUCCGCUACCUCAAAAGUCCCACACCAAACUAUAUCCGCACAGCUGCAGCUGUUGUGUCUCGGCUUGUUUCUUCUGCUGCGGAGGCCCCUUACGGCUCUUCCGCGUUCGGCUCCAUUUUUGUGUUUGUACCGUCGCUCGAAGAUGUCACAGCUCUAACAGAGGCGCUGCAGCAACAUCUGCGGCACGUAUUGAAGCAGCAUCAGCCCCAACAACAAGAGGGAGAGUGUUCCCCACGCCCAGUGGAGAUUGUGUGCCUCGCCCCAGAUUUGAGCCCUUCGUUGCCUCCUCCCUCUUCAACGCUGCGCGUUUUUAUCUCUUAUGCUGCUUUUCCACCUUGCGUGCCGCCUCAUGAGCUGCCUGUCAAGUUCGUCGUGGACUGCCUGUACAGCCGCAAGACUGUAUUCGAUUCCUUUUUGCGGCUGAAAAGGAUCUGCAAUGUUCCCAUCAGUGGGGCCCUAGCGGAUCUGCGGGCCUCUCUAGCGGGAAGGGUUAGCAAGGGGGGCUGCUGUUUCAGACUCUGUACAGCCGAUGCCUUUGCUGCUACUUGUUGCCGGGGUUCUGCUGCUCUGGCAACGGCUUACGCCGAUACCCAUGGGAACUCGUAUCAGGAGUUUUCUCCUUCUGCCCUGGAGGACAUUGCACCUCUGCUGCUGCGGCUCAAGGCGUUUGGCACGCAUUCCCUGCAGCGGCUGCCGCUGCUGCAGCCCCCACCUGCUGCUGCUAUUGCGGCAGCAGCGGAACACCUAUUCGAGCUGCAGGCAGUAGACGCAAGCGGGCGCGUAACCAAACCCCUGGGGUGGAUGAUGGCUCAAGGGGUACUUUCCCCGGAAUUGACCCGCCUGCUUCUCAUUGCUGCGGACAAGGCGUUUGGUUGCUCGAUCGAGGCUGCAGCUCUGUGCGCCCUUCUCAGCGGGCCCCCCGUGUGGCAGCGGUCUGCAUUGGAGAACUGCUGCUUCUCAGCCAAGGGGGCCGCGCAGGAAGGAAGGUGUCCAAGAGCAUCUGCAGCACGACAGCGGCUGACGCUGUCUCAGGCCGUGCUGGGGGCCGUAGAGGGAGACCCGUUGACGGCUUUGAAUGUCUUCAACAUCUACUUGGACGUGAAAAGGACCGAAGGGCCUGAAGCCGCCUCCAGGUGGGCGGAGAGGCACCUCGUUGAUGAAAGCGUUAUGGCCAGAGCCGCAACUAUGCACAAGGCGAUGCUUCAAUGGAUGCAGCGCUGCCAACUGCCCCGCGUGAGUCUGGCCCUGUCUACCGUUGGCCCUGCUUCGGCAACUGCUCCUCCUUUUGUAAUUCAUCCGUCUUCUGUCCUGGCAAACUGCCGGCCAUCAUUUGUGGUGUACGGACAGGCCUUCAUGCGAGACGGCUGCGUCUACAUGCAACAAGUGACAGCUAUUGAAUCACAGUGCGCUGCCGCUGUGCUAUAA